AUGGAAUCUACUGAUCCAAUUGGCGAAGCGUCUACUAUAAUUUUUCUUGAGAGUACAUAUGCAACACCAGAGAAUGUUAUUGCAAUUGAUUCAGAACUCAAACGUAUUCGGCAUGGUCUGCGUGAAAAAGGGGCUUCUGAAAAGGCUAUUAGUACUGGCACCAGUGGAAUCUCUCCUCAAGAUGGGAUAGAACUUGCCUUAAAA